UUAUAUUAAUAUAAUCAUCUACGCCUGAUUUUGUAAUUCAAAACAUGUGCGUUAAAAUUUUUCCUUUAUUUUUAAUCACGUUUAGCUCGUGACGUAAUUAACGUCGUCCUGUUAUCUUUUCAAGUCACUAAUUGCUUCGAAAAUGAAUAAAACCGAGAAACUUCAAUUGUUGCGCGAUUCUAUCAUUUCUUAUCCUGAUUUUCCAAAGCCUGGUAUCAUAUUUCGGGAUAUAUUUGGAGUGCUCCAUAACAUUAUAGCAUUGAAAGCAGUGAAAGAUUUAAUAGUGGAACAUAUUUUGUUCCUGGAAGUUGAUUUGAUUAUAGGCAUCGAUUCGAGGGGUUUCCUUUUUGGACCCAUGAUAUGCUUGGAAUUAGGAAAACCUUUCCUGCCAAUUAGGAAGAAAGGGAAACUUCCAGGAAAGGUGAUACAACAAUCGUAUGAUCUUGAGUAUGGACAGGAUACCUUUGAAUUACAAACAGAGUAUAUAAAUAAAAAUACACGGGUGCUCAUUAUAGAUGAUUUAUUAGCAACAGGAGGUUCCAUGGCAGCUGCAGUAGAGCUAGUGAAAUCAACUGAAGCUGAAGUAGUUGAAUGUUUGGUAAUAAUUGAAUUAACCGGAUUAAAAGGAAGGGAAAAACUUGAUGUACCUGUUCACUCAUUUAUUCAAUAUGAUUAA